AUGGGCUUGAUGGACUUUCUUUCAGAUGAUGACGAAGAAUUCGAUAAUUCACAGCUGGAGAGGUUUUAUGAAAACGACCCUCCAGUGACGCUGGACACAAGUUUCCCGAGAACCUUGAUAGUGCUUGGACUCCCAGUGGUCGGCCCCGAGAAGUACGAAAGACUCAAGGACGUAGUAAGGAAGACAAUAAGCAAGGAGCUCGAGAAAAAAGGUUGUGAAAUACAAACGCCAUUUGUCCUCGAGAUUCCAACGGACAUGAACAAUCACACCAAAGGCCUGGCCUUCUUCACAUUCGGAACGCCGUUCGAAGCAAACAUGGCACAGAAGUUUAUCAACAAGUUUAAGCUAGACUCAUCGCACGCGUUCAAGGCAAUUAUGUUGGACAACUACGAUAUGAUAGUGAGCGAUGAUAACAAGUGUAUACCGACGCUGAAGUCGUUUGGGUUCACGAGAGAUGGAGUGAGAGAUUGGUGGAUGAAAGGGGACCGAAUGAGAGACCAGUACGUAGUAAGGCACGGAGAUAGAACGGAAGUAUUCUGGUUCGACGCGCUCGAGAGGGAGCCUAGACUAGCAUACGACGGAGCGAGAGAAAGAGCACAGGGAAGAAGAGUCUGGGCGGACCAGAAGGUGGAAUGGAGUCCCAACGGCUCGUACCUGGCAGUGUACAAGUGGAUGGGAAUAGUGCUCUACGGAGGAAACGAGUUCGAGCCGAAGAUAAGAUUUGAGCACAAAAACGUCAAGUUCAUCCAGUUCUCGCCCUGCGAGGAGUACCUGCUGACCUGGGACGGAAUGAAGGGCGAGGACAGGCACGACAGGUCGAUAUGCAUAUGGCGCGUGGUGACAGGGGAGCUGCUGCGAAGCUUCCCGACGCCGCUGAAGUCCCCCAAGGGAGGAGACUUCCCGCACCUGCUCUGGAACCACAACGGCAAGUACAUAGCGAUGCUGAACAAGUACUCGGAGGGAAGCGAGGUGUUGGUGUAUAAGUUGCCGGAAAUGAGGCUGAUUGAGGGCCCGGACGGGAAGCCGGCGCCGCUGAAGUACGCAGCAGAGAAGUUCGACUGGUCUCCGCAGGACGACAUCCUCUCGGUGGUAAUACCGGGCUCGAUGGACGCGCCAGCAAGGCUGAUUUUAAUUGAGAUACCGUCGAGGCGUGAGCUGAGUUCAAGAAACGUAUACAACGUGUGUGAAGUGGCAAUGCAUUGGCAUUCGAAGGGAGAUUGUUUAUGUCUAAGGACCACAAUAUCAAAAAAGACCGGAAAGAAGGGGAGGAAGCAGUUCAAUCAGUUGGAAAUAUUCCGUCUGAGGGAGAGGAACAUUCCAGUCGACACAAUACAAAUAGAAGAUGCCACGGUGAAGCAGCUGCACUGGGAAGAAGGUGGAAGUAAACGAUUCGCAUUGAUUGUAAAGGAUGAGGAAAGCAGAACUCACUCAAUAAGAUUUUACAAAGUGUUAGACGUAGGAUCGAACAGAGACACAGUGUGGACAAGCACAUUUGACAUUACGUCGCAACUUAACCAUAUGCAAUGGUCUCCGGCGGGAAAUUACUUUGUACUGGGAGGUCUAGGAGCAGAGGGAACGCUAUUAUUCUGCACGUUGAACGAUUACGACAAGGUGGACGUGUUGCACAAGGAUGAACACUUUAUGAUGAACACAAUAAGGUGGAGCAGCUGCGGAAGAUACCUAGCGACAUGUGUAAAUGUGCCAAUGCCUCAGCACAGUGCGACCACAUCGGACACAUUCAGGUACGCUGCGGAAUCAGGCUACUGUCUGUGGACGUUCCAGGGGAGACUGCUGCACAAGGAAAAGAAGGAAAACUUCUACAGCUGUGACUUCAGACCACACCCAACGCCGCUUGUGACCAGAAAGGAAAUAGAAAAGAUAAGGAAGAACCUCAAGGAGUACACGAAAAAGUACGACAUCAUCGACGAGAAGGAAAGAACAGACUACAGGAACUCAUAUCUCCAGAAGAGACAGCAGAACCUGGACGCCUUUAAGCAGAAGUACUCGGCACUGAUGCAGUGGUACACGUCACAGGACAACUAUUUGAAGUUCAAGACGGCAUGGGAGAUAUUCCACAACCCAAUGGAAUGGGAAGUGAGUGAGGAGGUGCACGAGGAGGUCGUGGAGCUGAAGGAGGAAGUGCUGGAGUAA